CACACUCAGGUUGUUACGUCUCCUCCUCCCACCUCUUAAAGUUGAUCUUUCACCCUGUAUUCAGUUCAUUGCAGUUCCUCUCUGUUUCAUUCUUCACCGCUCUUUGUCUCUUCCUGAGUUGCUCCGACUCUACUGGAGGACGCUUUUUUUAACCUGCAGAUCUAGAAACUGCUCUCUGUGGGUGUGUGUGGGAUGUCGUGUCAGGGCUGAAGCCCGUCCCUCUCCCAUGAGCCUGUGUGCCCACGCACACACCUGGCGCCUCCACGCACGCACCCGGCGCCCACUCACACACAGCCGGCACUGACGCUGUAAACUGGACCCCCGGAGCCCAGCGGACCCCAGCCGAGCCGAGUCCAGCCCAGCCUGAGGAUGUCAACAGAAACGGAGCUACAGCCAGCGGUCAGACCGGGCAGCGUCAGACGGGACUCCAGGAGGAAAGGGCAGGAUCGCAGCGAAGCGACUCUCAUCAGGCGUUUUAAGGGCGAUGGCGUCCGCUACAAGGCCAAGCUCAUCGGCCUGGACGAGGUCACCGCCGCCCGGGGAGACAAACUCUGCCAGGACUCCAUGAUGAAGCUCAAGGGCAUUGCUGCAGCAGCGCGGUCUAAAGGAGAACACAAACAGAAGGUGUUUCUGACCAUUUCCUUUGGCGGGAUCAAGAUCUAUGAUGAAAAGAAUGGGGUCCUCCAGCAUCACCAUGCAGUCCAUGAGAUCUCAUACAUCGCCAAGGAUAUCACGGACCACCGAGCCUUCGGCUACGUCUGCGGGAAGGAAGGGAACCACCGCUUUGUGGCCAUCAAGACGGCACAGUCGGCGGAGCCUGUGAUCCUGGACCUGCGGGACCUGUUCCAGCUCAUCUAUGAGAUAAAGCAGAGGGAAGAGAUGGAGAAAAAAGCUCAGAAAGACAAGCAGUGUGAGCAGGCGGUCUACCAGACAAUACUGGAGGAGGAUCUAGAGGACCCGGUCUACCAGUACAUUGUGUUUGAGGCGGGACACGAGCCCAUCCGUGACCAAUCAGAAGAGAGCAUUUAUCAGGUUCCCACCUCUCAGCAGAAGGAGGGGGUCUAUGACGUCCCAAAGCGACACCCAAACGGACAUCAAAACACCCCCCACCACCAUCCUCAUCAUCAACAACACCAUCAUUUUCAUCAUCAGCCCCUCCAACCAGAGCACACUGAGCCGCAGCAGCAGCAGCAGCAGCAGCAGCAGCAACAGGCAGUGGCAGAUCUGAUAGACUUAGACCUACACGAGGUGACUCAGAAUCUCAACCAGUUAGAGAUUUUUGGAGACAUGUCGACGCCUCCUGACAUCACCUCUCCAUCGACCCCCGCCUCUCCAGCCAACACCCUGGACCCCUCGCUGGGCCUGCAGCCGCCUACAGAACUGUUCGCUCCCUUCAACCCUGCGUCUGUGCCCUCAGGUUAUGUGACGAUGGGGGCCGUCCCCCCUGGACACUGGUCCCAGCAGUUUGCCGCUCAGACGCCGCUGGCCUUUGGGGUCCAGUCUCCUCUUGGUCCAGUGGCACAGGUCCUGCCAGGCGGUCAGCCUCUGAUCUGGGGCCAGGCCAACAUCUUCCCCGCCACCCAGCAACAGUGGGCGGCCAUGGCGGCGGGAGCCUUCCCCCCCACAGCCUACCUCCCCGCCCAACCUGUGGGCACACUGCCCGCCGCCAUGUUCCAGACGCUGACCCCGGUCCCCACUGUGACUCCGGUUGGCGAGAGCCAUUUAGCUUCUGGAGCCAGCGCCUCAGCCCCCUCCCCCUCAGCGUCGUCGAGUCCGCAGCACGGGGAGAGAGCGAGGAAGAUGGGCAAGGAGAUGUUCAAGGACUUUCAGCUGGCGAAGCCUCCGGCCAUGCCGUUGAAAAAGGGCGAGCAGCCGAGUUUAUCGGCAACCUCAGAUGCAUUCAGCACUUACUUCAGCCGUGUGGGCACCGCCCAGGACACGGACGACUGUGACGACUUCGACAUUUCUCAGAUGAACCUGACGCCGGUCACCUCCACGACGCCGUCCACCAACUCCCCUCCAACCCCGGCCCCCAGGCAGAGCUCUCCCUCCAAGUCCUCAGCCUCCCAUGUCAGUGACCCCCCCACGGACGCCACAGACCCCCCCACGGACGACUCGUUUGGGGAAGCAGAGGGCAGCCCGAGUCGCAGUGGAGAGGAAGACGCUAAGGGGAAGGACCCGCUGUACGCCCAGAUCAACAAAGGGAAGAAAUGAAGAGACGCACAGAGACACACACCUGACCAGCACUGAGACCAGGAGGAGAACCCUAACCUGUGUGUGUGUGUGUGUGUGUGUGUGUGUGUGUGUGUGUGUGUGUGUGUGUGUGUGUGUGUGUGUGUGUGUGUGUGUGUGUAUGUGUGCAUGGAUGUGUGUGACUGGUGAAGCCUUCCUCCUCCUCCCCCUCCUCCUCCUCUCUGCGGUGGUUCUCCUUUGCUUCAUCGAGGAGGGAAAUCAAUCACUGAUCCGGUUCUCCCUCCGCAGCGUCGUCUCCUCCUCUCCUCCCUCCCACUGUGGCGACUCACCCCCAGCCUUACAGACUCCUACAUCUCUUCCCCAGCCUCCCUCCCUACCUCCUUCCUUCCUCCUCCUCUCUGUCUCUGCUCUCACGCUCCUCCCUCUGCCUCCUGCCUCUGGCCUGAGACUGUGCUGCCAAGGAGUGACUGAAUCAAGCAGUGCCUCCCUGUCUCUUAUACACACACUAACACACACUAACACACACACACACACACACACACACACACACACACACACACACACACAAACACACACACAAACAGGAUUUGAAUGAUCAUUUUUGUAAUGGACAGAAUCUGCAUCUGCAGCGAGGAGAUUCCCUAAAGGAGGAGCUAGACUCUAAACAGGCCUAUCAGGGACGGCCCAUUACUGGGAUCGCUGCGUCUGAUUGGUGGGUUGGUUGGUUCAGGCGUUUUCUCCUUGUUCUUUGUGAGUGUCUGCUGGAUCACUAUGCAGAAACAGACUCUCUGGGAGCUGCUCACACACCAACCUAUACACACACAUACACACAGUCAUGCCUCACCCUCUCUAACAUACACACACACACACAAGAACACACAGUAAUUUGCCAAACGUCUCUCCUCGCAGACAGACUCACACUGCGGCGGAGGACAGACCUGCGGAGGGAUGAGAUUCUGUGAUCGAACUGUUCAUUCUCUAUAGCUUUUGUACAAUAACGAUUAAAAAAAAAAAGAACAAAUUGAAAAAAUUGAAUUUUUAUUUUAUAAGUCAAUCAAGCCGCUGGGGUCAGCUCUAUAGGAGUUAUAGAGUCAACAUGGCUUUAAGGCAUCUGAUCGUCUGUUUGCCAAACUCAUUUUGUAAAUAAUGAAACAACAAAGACAUCCAUCCUGUCCAGCGGACGUCUGCGCCAUAAAAUAGGAAGCUUCAGUUAUGCAAACUCGACGUUAACCCAAGCAAUACACACAUUUGUUUUUCUUCUGCACCUUGUUUUCUCUGAUGAUGUUUUGUUCUCUGCAUGGAUGUUGAAGGUUUUAAAGAGAAUAUUUGGAUUAUUUAAAUUAAGGUUGUAUGAGGUAUAAAUUCACAGUAUGUAUUACCAACUGUAGCUGGCGGUCAGCAUGGUUCCUGUUUGUGAAAAACCAGCCUGAGUACUGAAGCAGAAACUAAGGGUGGUUCAUUUGCACUGGUGUAAAAGCUGUCAAUCAAACACUGGUGUGGAUCAAACACAGUACUGAGGUUUUUUGGACCACCUGUUGCUUUGAAGCUCAAAGUGCCAAAACUGUUGAUCUGUUUGGCCUGAAAACUUCAUCAAUGGUAGGGGAAUUUUUUUUUAGGUGUAUGGGGCGAAAAUUGUGGUCAGCUCUGUUUAGGAACUCUGCUCCUAACCGGGACCAUGCUGACUGUUAUCUCUGUACGUAACAAACUAAGUAUUGUUAAUGUCACAUUACCACACUUCAAACUGUCCCUUUAACCUCAGUUUCUGAUCCUGCUUCCAGCUGUUCACAUUUUUAUAAAUGAGCCUCUGCAGUUUAAGGCCUCUGUAUGCACAUUUUCUCUGUGAUUCUGCACCACGUAGCUUCCUCUGUUCCAGCCUCAUGUUGCAAGCAGCACACUCGCUCUCUGCCCCCCUCCCUCCGUCAUCCAUCCCAGAAUAGUCUUGCAGGUCCGGCGCUGCUCGGCCCAUUUGUCUGUGUGCUGGUCUGGAGCCAAACUGCUGCUGUCUGUGUGUGUGUGUGUGUGUGUGUGUGUGUGUGUGUGUGUGUGUGUGUGUGUGUGUGUGUGUGUGUGUGUGUGUGUGUGUGUGACUGCAGCCUCCUCUGCUACAUCAACUGUGAUGCCAAUGACUCCCUAUUUUAUGGCCAGAGUCCGUCAUGUGGCGCUCAUGAGAACUCUUCUGGACACCGAUGUUGAUUCACUUCAAAAUUUGACGAGUAGAAGAUGAGCAAAGAAUAAAAAGGGAAACGUUGCUGUUUGAGUACAUAACAUUUCUAGACCUAUUUUAACUUUACCUCAGCUAACAGUUUCUUAUUAAUGUAAAUUGACACAUUAUUUUUAUCUUUAUGAAUAUGACAUUCUACAGUGGGUUUUUAGAUGAUUUUUUGGUUCUCUCUUGAUUUACGUAUUCCACCAUGUAUUACUGUUACAAAUAAACACAUCCCAAUGACG